UUCGAACGCGCACUUCUAAGUUUUUUUUUACUACUACGGUCCAGCAGUAUAGGCACGUUUGCUACUUACAUCACUCUUUCGGUCUCUCCUUUCUCCUUUCACACAUCUGGACUGCGACGUCCUGAACUCUCCAACUUGCUCUGCACUCUACAAGACGGCUUCCUGAGACUCCUCCCCCUGCAGUCAUGUUGGUCAUCCUAGCCUUCAUCAUCCUCUUCCACGUCAUCUCGGCCAUCCUCCUCUUCGUCGCCACCAUACACAAUGCAUGGUGGGUGGUGGCACCACCAGGGGGCAGUCUGAUCUACACAGACCUGUGGUACUCCUGCAACUCCACCUGCUACCCAGUAGAAAAGAGCGCCUCGACUGAAGCAGCCUAUCUGCAGGUAGUGCAGGCGACCAUGAUCCUGUCCGCCAUCCUGUGCUGCGUGGGAUUCUUCGUCUUCAUCCUGCAGCUGUUCAGACUGAAGCAGGGGGAGAGGUUUGUCUUCACCGCCAUCAUCCAGCUACUGGCCGCUCUGUGCGUGAUGAUCGCAGCGACCGUGUACACGGCAGAGAGGGAGUCCUUCCAGGUGGAGCCUCUGAGGAAGGGGAACUACGGAGCGUCCUACGUCCUGGCCUGGAUCUGUUUCCCCAUGACCCUCUUCAGCGGCCUCAUGUAUCUAGUGCUGCGGAAACGCAAAUAGGCCCCAAAGCAACUCACUUAACCUUAUCCUCAAACUCAUAUCAAACCACUCGUAACCCCCUUCCCCCUACCUAAACAUUUACAAACGCUCAAUAACCUCACACCAAAACACUCAUAACCCCCCCCCCCCCCCCACCCACUUAUAACCUGCCCAUAACCUCACACCAAAACAGUCCCCCAUCCCCCAUACCAAAACACUCGAUCCCCCCACCCUUCCACCAAUACAGAAACACUCUUCACCCCUUCCCACCCAUUCCCCCACACCAAAACAUUCACAAACCCCCCCCCCCCCACCCUUCUCCCCUUACCAAACCACUCACACCACCAGUCCCACCUCUGACAACACUCAUACCCCAAAUCAUCAUCCCCAACCUUAGACUCCCUCACUCAUCUUCUCCCCUCAUCAUCCACAAUACAGGACAUGGGCAAAUGGGCAUCGUACACCUUUUGCUGGACUGGUCAUGUCUGGUCAGUACUGGUCUGGACAGGUGAAGAGUACCAGGGGAGUAAAUACAAACCACUCCCCUGACUGGAUGAUGGUCAUUCUCCAUGUGCAGCCUUUGGAAGGAUCUCAAAUGAUAUUGGACUUUUUGUUGCAGUUUGGGAAAGCUACAGUCAAAUGAAUCUAUUUGUACAUACUCACUUUUAUGUAUAGUCAAAGAAAAUGCCAAAAACAUUGAGAAAAAUACUGUUAACUGUAGCAUACUGGAAUGCUAGUGAAGUAGAAUGUUCUGUUGUGUAGGAUGUAGGACUCUGUGUUUUUCCUGUUACUGACCCCCAGUGGAAGAAGCUAUGCUGUGACGUGACAUAUCGGACAUUCAGAAGAGAAUUAUUCAAACUUGAAAUCCAACUCAAACACAAAGGGAGACUCCUAGAGUCUGGCGAAGGUUUAGCUUUAGGAUGACAGACCUCUUAAUGCCAUCUAUAUGUGAGUUUUCACUGAAACGACGAAAGCUAUUUAUUGUACGAAACCACUAUAGUGAUGUGCCAUCGCAACAGUCUCACUCCAUCUUAGCACUGUCUGAUCGGGUUGUCUUUCUCACAGCAGUCAGAGAAUGCCGUUUGUCUGAAGAGUGAGGCGUUAUCUGAUUUGGGAUGGAAAGAAAUGGAGAAAUUCAAAACAAUGAAAGAAUGUGCGGUUGUCUAAACAGCCAGUGCACCGGACACUACUUGAAAAUAAACCCAAAAUAGAGGACGCCAAAAAGUGUCAUUUUAGAUGAAGCCUCGCUUUGUGUGAGUUUUUUCUUUCCUUUAAGUGUCCAUUUAAACUAGUUUGAGUGCAUGUUGCAGUUUACUGGCACCUCUUUUAGCAUAUCUGUUCCCCCUAUGCCCAUAGAUCCAAACAAAUGACCUGGGAUUGACAAGUAGUUCUACAGUAUUCUCCAUGGCACGUUUUCUCACCUUUAGUCUAGAAAGUGUACAGUUUAAGGUUCUGUGGCUGAGGUAUUUGAUUUUUGAAACUGACCAAAGCUCCACUUGUUACUUGUAUUCACAGCAUCAUUUAGCAAGUAUACAGGGACUAUAGUGACAUGGUUAGAUCAGUACUGAGUUGGGACAUAACGUUAGAAUAGAAAAUGGUUUUCCUGUAGAUUUUUUUGUUUUGUCGUUUUUAUGGACCCUGGUGAGAAGUCCAGUAUACAGGUCAAAAUGAGAUGAAUAAAAGACAACCAAGCUGUA